UCAGUCGGGCGCUGAGUGGGUUUUCGGAUCAUGUCUGGUGGCUCCGCGGAUUACAACAGAGAACAUGGCGGCCCAGAGGGAAUGGACCCCGAUGGUGUCAUCGAGAGCAACUGGAAUGAAAUUGUUGAUAACUUUGAUGAUAUGAAUUUAAAGGAGUCCCUUCUUCGAGGCAUCUAUGCUUAUGGUUUUGAGAAGCCUUCAGCUAUUCAGCAGAGAGCUAUUAUCCCAUGUAUUAAAGGAUAUGAUGUGAUUGCUCAAGCUCAGUCAGGUACUGGCAAGACAGCCACAUUUGCUAUUUCCAUCCUGCAACAGUUGGAGAUUGAAUUCAAGGAGACCCAAGCACUAGUAUUGGCCCCCACCAGAGAACUGGCUCAACAGAUCCAAAAGGUCAUUUUGGCUCUUGGAGAUUAUAUGGGAGCAACUUGUCAUGCUUGCAUUGGAGGAACAAAUGUUCGAAAUGAAAUGCAGAAGUUGCAGGCUGAAGCCCCUCAUAUUGUUGUUGGCACUCCCGGGAGAGUAUUUGAUAUGCUAAACAGAAGAUACCUUUCUCCAAAAUGGAUCAAAAUGUUUGUUUUGGAUGAAGCAGAUGAAAUGUUGAGCCGAGGGUUUAAGGAUCAGAUCUAUGAGAUUUUCCAAAAAUUAAAUACAAGCAUUCAGGUUGUGUUACUUUCUGCCACAAUGCCAACUGAUGUCCUAGAAGUGACCAAGAAAUUCAUGAGAGAUCCAAUUCGAAUUCUGGUGAAGAAGGAAGAAUUGACCCUUGAAGGAAUUAAACAAUUUUAUAUUAAUGUUGAGCAAGAGGAGUGGAAGAUGGACACUCUUUGUGACCUGUAUGAGACUUUGACUAUUGCACAAGCAGUUAUUUUUCUCAAUACAAGGCGCAAGGUGGACUGGCUCACAGAGAAAAUGCAUGCCAGGGACUUCACAGUUUCUGCUCUGGAUGGUGACAUGGACCAGAAGGAAAGAGAUGUCAUCAUGAGGGAAUUCCGAUCAGGGUCAAGCUGUGUUCUGAUCACUACUGACUUGUUGGCUCGUGGGAUUGAUGUGCAACAAGUGUCCAUGGUUAUAAACUAUGAUCUACCUACCAAUCGUGAAAACUAUAUUCACAGAAUUGGCAGAGGGGGUCGAUUUGGGAGGAAAGGUGUGGCUAUAAACUUUGUUACUGAAACAGACAAGAGGAUUCUUCGUGACAUUGAGACUUUCUACAAUACUACAGUGGAGGAAAUGCCCAUGAAUGUGGCUGACCUAAUUUAAUUCCUGGGAUGAGAUAGUUUGGAAUGCAGUGCUCGCUGUUGCUGAAUAGGCAAUCACAACGUGCAUUGUGCUUCUUUGAGAAUAUUUGAAUCUUGUCUCAAUGCUCAUAACGGAUCACAAAUACAGAUUCUGAUAGCAAAGCGA